CGCCAUUUGCCCUCAGCCCCCAAGAUGCUCUUCCCCUCGGCUCUCCUCCUUGCGGCUCCUUUUGUCCUCGCUGCCCCAGCCGCCCUUGAGGAGCGCCAAAGCCCCUGCGAAGACGUGCACAUCUUCAUCGCUCGCGGCACCUCCGAGCCAUACCCGGGCCGUCAAGAGUUGACCGUCAACGCCAUUUGCCAGGGCAGCACCAGCUGCGGAUUUGAGAGCAUCCAGUAUCCCGCUGCCUUUGAGCCCACCUACUGCUCGUCUGUGGCUCAAGGCGUGGCGAACGGUACCAACCAGAUCACGGCCUACGCCAGCCGGUGCCCCAACUCAAAGUUGGUGCUGAGCGGCUACUCUCAGGGUGCCCAUGUCGUCGGCGACAUCCUCGGUGGCGGCGGCGGCAACAUCCAGGGCUGCACGCAACCGACUGUGCAGGGCCUCAACCCGACCACGUCGCCCGGAAACAAGAUCAAGGCCGCUCUCCUCUGGGGCGACGUCCGUCACACUGCCAACCAGACUUACAACACCAACACGGGUGCAUCUGGAAAUGGCAUCUGGCCUCGCUCUGGCAACCAGCUUACCUCGCUGAACCGCUAUUCCAACAUCCUACGCGCCAUUUGCGUCGCCACGGACCCUGUAUGCGCCGGAGGCCAGGACGGAAACUCUCACACCACUUACUUUGAUUUGUUUUCACAGGAUGCUGCUUCUUGGGUGAAGACCAAGCUUAACUAG